UUAUCCCACAAUCCACCGGGGGAGAUUAAAGGCGCUUUUUUGCAGAGCCUAUGUUGUCAACAAGCAGAAGGGGAAGAGGCACCUGGGAUUCUACUGCGUGAAUUUAAUAAUACGCUUGUUUUGUGGGCUAAUACGUUUGUCUUUUAUUAUUCUACUUGGCGCCCUUUAACGUCGGUAAACCGUGACAUGGCUCCGUUCAGCUUAUUGACAGCAAGUGUUAGCUGGUUGGCUAAGUCCUUCAGCGUCUUCCCCUGCACGAGUACGCUAGCAAGGUGUACCAGUGUCCUCCCAACUACAUAUAUCAACCCAGUGAAAUGCCUGACCUCUCAGCCCAGUGGCCCUCCAAAGAGACCUCUGAAUGGAUACAUGAGAUAUCUUCUGCAACAGCAGCCAUUUGUGACAAGACAAUACCCAGAAGUCAAACCAGUGGAUGUCAUCAAGAUGAUCGCCCAGCAGUGGAGAACAAUGAGUCCAGAGCAGAAACGGCCCUUUGAGGAAGCAUCUCUGCAGGCCAGGAAGCAGUUUAAGGUUGACCUUCAGAGCUACCAGGCCCAGCUGUCCCCAGCACAGGCCAAGCAACAAACCCUGGAGAAGAGGCAGAAGAGUGCCAAAAGGAAGGCUGUCCGCAAAAAGAGGGAGUUAAACAUCUUAGGGAAACCCAAACGUCCUCGUUCUCCAUUCAACAUUUUCAUGUCAGAGCACUUUCAGGAGGCCAGGGGAACCACAACACAGGCAAAGAUGAAGUCACUGUUAGAGGACUGGAGGAAUCUGAUCAGUCAUCAGAAACAGGUCUACACACAGUUGGCUGAGGAUGACAAAAUUCGUUACAAAAAUGAGAUCAAGUCAUGGGAGGACCACAUGAUGGAGAUUGGACGAGAAGACCUGAUCCGAAGGCAGACAUUGUCUUCCGAGAAAAAAACCGCUAAAGCAAAGAAGAUAACAAAGAAAGCUAAUGCUACAACAGUGAAUAAAACGACUGCCAAAGGAAUGUCAAAGACAACCAGGAAGAUAAAGAGUAGCUCCACAAAAACUGAUAUGUUUAUGCAUUGAGUCAACUGUCAGAGGAGACUAUGGUCUUCAUUAAAGCUGAAGAUUUCUGAUGA